CGACGCUGAAGUUGAGACUUGCAUUCAAGCAAACCAAAAACGGGGGGACAUAUACAGAACUGCUAGCGAUAUGUACUCCGCCAUCGUAUUGAAAAAGCUUCUUUGUGAAUCCCGGUCACCACCAGAGUCGCGUUCUCGGCUCCACCUAUGGUCUGUUCCCAGCUCGGGUCCUCAAGUACCAUCAGUUUGCCUUGGUUGCAGAUAGGAAGACCAGUUACAUUGCGAAACCUUGCUUGAAUUUUCCAGCCAAAAUGAACAGCACAAACCUGAUUUCUUCUGAGCCUCAGGCAGCCAAAUCUUCCUCCGUCGUCUUCGAAGAGGAUGUUGAAAGAAGCACGCCUGUCAAGGCAUGUCCAAUUAUAUGGAAGGACUCAGUGUCAGCGGAGGAGUAUGAAAAAGCACGUAUAGGUCGCGUCUUCAACAGCAGACACCCAAAAAGAUAUCCAGUUGCCGUGGUCGAAGCUGAAUCUGUGGAUCAUGUUGUUGAAGCCGUUCGGCUAGCCAAAAGCAAAGGUCAUCGUGUCUCAAUCCGUUCCGGUGGCCAUUCUUGGGCCGUCUGGAGUGUCAGAGACGAUGCUGUACUGAUUGAUCUUCAUAAGUUGAAAGAAAUCACCUUCGAGGAUGAAACAGGAAUCGUCAAAGUUUCACCGAGCACUACAGGGCGCAUCCUGAAUGGGUUUCUCGGAGAGAAAGGCAGAAUGUUUCCCGGUGGGCAUUGCCCAGAUGUUGGCCUAGGAGGCUUCUUACUACAAGGAGGAAUGGGCUGGGUUUGUAGGGGAUGGGGAUGGGCGUGUCAAUACAUCAAUGCCAUAGAUGUUAUCACUGCUGAUGGCGAUGAGCUUCACUGCAACAAAGAUGUAAACCAGGAUCUCUUCUGGGCUGCUCGUGGCGCUGGACCAGGUUUUCCAGCCGUGGUUACAAGAUUCCACUUGAACACCAAAGAGCUACCAAGCCACUGUCGGUCUUCCGUCUACGUAUACCCCAAGUCCAAGUUCAAGAGUGUCAUGAGCUGGAUCACCACACUCGCAAGUUCGUAUGAUACCGAUACCGAGAUUGUGUGCGUGGGUCGCUUUCUGCCCGAGUACGAGGACAGCAUUGUGCUCGUUGGUCUUACGACGUUCAAGUGGUCCGAAGCGGACGCCUUAGUCGCCUUACAGGUUGCCGAGGACUCAAAGCCAGCUGGAUAUAUUCGGGCGAACUUCAACAGGCCAACUACUCUUCAGAGGGAGUAUGAUAAUCAGUCGGCUGCAAACCCAAACGGCCACCGCUACUGCUGUGAUAACAUUCACGUUAAAAAUGACGCUGAUGUUGCAGGUGUUCUUGAGGAAGCCUUCACGACCCUACCUAACCGUAAGUCGUUUGCUCUAUGGUACAGCAUGAGUCCAACCUCGCAGCGACAGUUGCCGGAUAUGGCACUGUCUCUUCACUCGGACCACUAUUUUGCCCUGUACACGAUCUGGGAAGACAAAAAUGAUGACGAGAAAUUCCAGUCAUGGACUCACGAAAUCAUGCGCAAAAUGGAAAACUACAGCGUCGGCCAGUAUUUGGGCGACAGCGACUUCCAGGUCCGAAACACUAUGUACUGGUCGGAGGACAAUGGCAAGAAGCUUAUGCAGAUCAGAGAGAAAUGGGAUCCAACUGGUAGGAUCUGUGGUUACCUGACGGAGGGAGAUCAGUCUGGAGCCAAAGGCAUCAAAAACUCAUUAUAAAGAGCACUUGUUAGAGUCAGUUUUACAGAGACGCCAGUCAACACGAGCUUUCACUUCCAUUCUUCCGACUCAUGUACAUACUGCGUGAUCAGACUUGUGCAGCCUUAGAAC